AUGAGGUCACUAACAUUCUCGCUCCUUGGAGCUUUGCUUGCCUACGUUCUCUACACUGUUGGCCCUCUCGUCCACCGAACAGCCGUUGUUAUCGGAGCACUACGAAACUAUCCCAAUGACGCCACCGUCAAGGGCGAGGUGAUUGCGAUCCCGGACACCGUCCACUGCGAGGACCUCCAUUACCAUGCCCCUAGCGGCACGCUCUUCACCGCCUGCGAGGACAAUGCCGAGACGAGGUUCAAGUGGUUUCCCCCGCUGGCCAACUUUCAAAGCCCAGAAUUGGCUAGCAAAAGCCAGGGCUCUCUUCAUGUUAUCGACCCCAAGUCCAUGAAAUCGCGGAGGCUCACGUUUGAGAACUUUGACGGCCCUUUCAUUACCCACGGCAUCGACGUGAUUCCAGACCAGGAACGGCCUGGCGGAGAAGCGGUGUAUAUUUUUGCCAUUAAUCAUGUCCCCGAGACCCAACCCUCGGGCGAAAAGGGGCCGCACGCUCGUUCCCAGCUUGAGCUCUUUCACCACAUCAUCGGGUCAUCGUCCGCAAAGCACAUCCGUUCCAUUUGGCAUCCCUUGGUCAUAACGCCCAACGAUAUCUUCGCCCAGAGCGUAAACUCUAUCUACGUUACAAACGACCACCGUCACCGAUACCCGGGCCUCAAGCGCGCGCUUGAGGACAUCUACUCUGGCGCAAAAUGGACCGAAGUUGUGCAUGUCCAGCUCGACUCCCUAACCGUGACGGAGGCGGCUGCGGGCGUUACUGCUAAUGUUGCUUUGUCCAACCUGCACAAUGCAAACGGUCUCAGCCACGGCCGGUCAAACCGCGAGAUCCUGAUCGCAAGCUGCACCAGCGGGAUUCUCCAUAUCGGGCAACUUCCCGCGGAUGGAGCUGGCAACAUCACAGUUGUCGAGUCUGUCACGGUUGACCACGUCGCCGACAAUCCUUCUUAUUUUGCUGAUCCCUACGCCACCCCUGGCGACGACAAGAGCGGCUUCCUUGAGACGGGCCUAGCGCGAGCCAUCGAGCUCGGCGACACCCACCGCGACCCGGCCGCCAAAGACCCCGUCAUGGUCACCUACCUCAAGCCAAUCUCACCUGGCCAUUGGGAGAAACGGGUUCUAUUCCACGAUGAUGGUACUACUCUCAGAUCCGGCAGUGCCGGCGUGCUCGUGGCCAUUGAUCCAGCAGUGGGGGGGAGCACAGGCGGAACAAGACAGGCAUGGCUGUUCGUGACGGGUUUUAUGUCCAAGAGUAUCAUCGCAACCAAGGUUGACUUGUAA